GAGACCGUUGAGUGGCCAUACGCGCCCGUGUGCUUGUCCGUCAUUGCACAUCGACAUCAACCGCUUUCAGUGAUAGAGCGCGUUCCUCCGCGCUAAAUCUACAUAACCUAAAAAGUUAAACAACCCUGAUUAUUUUUAGUAUCGUUCUCCGUAAUUACCAUUAAAUACUCAUGAUUACCUCGAAUUUAUAAGUUAGUGUUGUGAAAUAUUACGCCUAACCAAGGGGCGUACGUGGAGUGUAUUUUUGUGUAGCACAAAGUAAAUACAAACGGCAAGCUGUGGGGAUCAGGGGCCUUUUUUUUGCCGCCGCAGGGGAUGUAUUAUCCUGUGAGUAACGGCAAUGUCAUCGACACAGGAACACCGACCUUGCUGCACAUGGUGGGAACGGGCAUGGCGACUCCGUUCCCUGCGGCGGCGGCGGCCGCGGCUGCAGCUGCACAGUUCGCCGCCAAUGGCGAUGCUCUCUCCGGGGUGAAGACAGACUCUGCGGGCCCUGCGGCUGCACCACAACAGCCUCUCGUCAAAAGCGAAGGACCGCCAGCGCAGGCUCCUCUACCACCUACAAAUUUUUCACCGCAACCGACCACCCAAACACAUCAGCCAAACAACAUAGAAAAUCAAAAUCAAAAUAACUCACAAAGUGAAGGCGAAUCAAACGAAGACAAUACGCCAGUGAGUGUGGCUGCGGUGGUGGCACAGCAAGCGGCUGCGGCCGUGGCACAGCAGCAAGCAGCGGCGGCGCACGCGGCCGCGGCGGCAGUCAGUGCGGCCGUCGCUGCCGGCGCAGCCGCUGCGCCUGCGCCCGCGCCUGACAAGAGUCUCGUACCCGUCUCACAAGCCUCGCAACCCAAACGAUUACACGUCUCGAACAUACCCUUCCGAUUUAGAGAUCCAGAUCUAAGAAAUAUGUUUGGGCAAUAUGGAACGAUACUUGAUGUAGAAAUUAUCUUCAAUGAGCGCGGUUCCAAGGGAUUCGGUUUUGUAACAUUCGCAAAUAGUGGUGAUGCGGAGCGAGCACGAGAGCGUCUUCACGGCACCGUGGUUGAGGGCAGAAAGAUAGAGGUUAAUAAUGCGACAGCGAGAGUGCAGACAAAGAAACCGCCGACAGUACCCAACGUGUGCGUCCAAUGGCCGGAAGGUGAGGUCGCAACGUAUGACUCCCCCGGCGUGCUGCGCGCGCGCUCCCCGCGCCCGCCCCCGCCCCUCGCGCCGCACGCCCUCCCGCACCACCCGCACCACGUCCUGCCCCGCGCCGCCGCCUACGCGACACAGUUGCACGCAUACGCACCUGUAUAUUACGAUCCGUUCUUAGCUGCAGCGACAGCUGACUCCAACUACAGACUUCAGGCCGCGAAGCCCGCAGUCGAGGCGGCUGCAGCGGCGGCGGCCGCAGCGGCGCCCCUGCUGAAGUCCCCGCUGGCGACGGCGCAGCACGCGGCGGCGGCGGCCGCGGCGGCUAACUACGGAGCCGCGGCCCGCGCCGCCGCCGCCGUCAGCGCCGCGCCCGCGCCGCCCACGCUCGCGCCCAUCGCCGCCACAUAUGGGAGAGAAUACGCUGAUCCUUAUUUAGGUCACGGCAUAGGACCGGUUACGGGAUACGGGACUGCAGUGUAUCGAAGUGGUUACAACAGAUUCGCACCGUACUAAGCCAGUGGAACAAAAUAUCGAUUUAACUCGAAUAAAAACAAUCUUCGUCACCGUUACAUGACAAUGAACUCUCUUUAUAAUCGUACAAAAAUGUUUAAUAUAAGGAGACUGUGCUAGCCGACUAUUAAGUAGCUUGGAUGGCGUUUAUAUAAAUAAGAAUUCAAAAAGGGUUGGCAAUGAGAGUGGUGAAGUUAUUCGCAUUACAGAGACCGCGUAAUGUGGACGCACUUCUGGAGCAAAGCCAACUUGGGACUUAUGAAAUACCAAAGUCACUAAAAUUUCUAACAGAAAUAGCUUAUUUAGUUAAAGUAUGUUGUAAAUUAUUUGUAUACCUGAUGCUAUACAAGUGCGAGCAGCUAAACCGUGUUAUAUCGUUUCGCAUUGUACAUUGUAAGAAUCAUUCGUAGCGAGUAGUUAUUGAUUAGAAACGCCGUGACGGCGCCGUGACCGCGCCCGGCGAGUGCGAGCAGUGCGCCGCGCAGCGCGACACCACAGCGACAAUAGAGGAAGGGGUUCUAAACUAUUUAGUGAGCUUUGCACUUGCAUAUCAUAAUAAAAUUAAAUUGUAAAUAAUAAAAUCAUGAAGCAAGUUCGAGAUAAUGUGUUGGUUAUAUACAUGACAUUCGGGAAUGUUAUAAAAAUUACAUUUUAGAAAUCAAUUUUAAGUAACACUAUGUCGGCUCACGAUAGAAUGUAAUCGUUUCGGAUCGUUUGAGCGCUUGUAUGUGAAGUGGUUUUAGUGUUCAAUUUUUUUACAAUACUUUCAUAGAAUUAUCCCUGGAAACAGAUGGAUGUAACUAGCGGCCAGCUCCUCCUUACAUUUAGAAUAAGACGUAUUAAACGUGAAAACGUUUCUUUGAAGUUCUGGUUCAGUAUCAUACAGUUAUGUGAUUAACUCCAAGUGUCGCCGUGUCGCGAUAAAUGCACCUUUAACUUGUCUAUUAAACUUGUUAAUAUGAGUCUGAACCACUCCUUCAAAGGAACUUGACCAAAGUUGUUUGUGCUAGUAUCAUAUAGACAAUGCAGAAACCAAGUCUUACGUAAUACGUACUAAAGAAAUAAUUUUUAUGGUUCUACCUUAGAUUCUCAUACUGCAUGGUGCGACGUUAUGAUGGUGCCAUUUUAUUGGUUGUUAUUUGAAAAUAUUUUAUUUUUCAAAUGUUACCUUGAUGUUACAUAAUCAGUAAAAUAAUAAUGUUUAAAUAGUUAUAAGAUAGCACUUCCAACACCUCCGAAGGUACCAUUUGUCGGUAGCGUGAGUUCAGAGCGACACCCAGUCUCCCGACCGCUCGAGUGGUACAGUUUGUCGUGUUGGCGAUUUUCUACUCGAUACUUUAUUGGCGUAAAUUAAACGCGGUUUCCCCAAAUUCCCCUUUCCGUCGUGUUUUCCGUACUAACUUAUCGAUAGUCAAAUAAUUGACUUGUAUCCGUAGGUCACCAUUGUCAAAUUCCGAAUUGAAAUUAAAAACCAUGUUGCUUUGUAAUAUUUGCUUCGCGACUAACAUAGGUAUCAGUAAUCAGAGUGAUGAAUAUUUACACGCAGACGUUCUUAGUUACGGUUUGUAUAAUCGGCUGCUAGUUAAUUAAUGUCGUAAAGUUUUACUGAACGUAGAAAUAACGCUUUAGCUGUAGUAUUGUUAAGGAACGAAGGGAACUCCGUCGAGUUCUUACAUAUCAUUGAGAUUUUCUCCUUGUAAUUUAUGUUUUAAACGAUACCGUCUCCGCACGGAGUCUCGUUUCUACAGUGCUAUUUUAAUACGUUAUAACUAAAUUUACUAUGUUUUCAUUUUAAAAACAAACACGCAUACGGGUCCAACCGUUUUAGACGUCGUAAAUUUUAGAUCUAACACUUGCAUUAGGAUUAUUAAAUAUUGUAACGUCUACGAAUUCGCUCAACGUUUAUACCAAAGCACAAAAACCCAUCGAUUCUUACGUAUUCGGAGAACUUGCAUGUCCAUUCAUUUCAUCUCGAUAGAUUUAAUAGUCUUUCAUUUAGAAAAACUUACAUAAUCUAUAUUGUACGCAUACAUUAUGUACAUAAUUGGAACAAAUUACCCUAAUAUUAAUAACUAGAGUUUUCGUUUUACUUAGUAUAUUUUCUCGUCGGACAUAUCUAAUUGCCAUCUAGAUUAGUGUUAACUUGACAUACAUACACGUAGUUCAAUGAUAUGAUUUUAGAUCUGAAAUAUUUUAUUUUCAUUUGAACAAUUUAACUCGUAUAUAUAACCUAAUAAGUAACUGAACACUGGGUCGAAUGUUUCACGUUGUUGUCAUUGAGCAGAAUAACUUCCGUGUUGCACGCGCCUGCGCAGUCCGCAGCACUCGGCUCUGCACCGAGUACAUCGGACGGACUAGUUGACGUUUAACGUUGUAUGGACGUGCAUUGUGUAUGUAAGUCCCAGUGCCGGCUGUCCACGCCGCGACGCGACGCUCACAUAUCAACGUAAAAUGUAUGUAUUUUCUAUCGUUUGUACAGAUGUUGUGUGUAUAGACGGGCCGUCUUUGGGCGUCGUCUAUGAUGAUAGCUUUAAUUAAUAAUUAUUUAAACGUUAAGGUGAUAAUGUUCGCCCAGUUGUUUGUUCUAACCGUACGUACAGUCGAGUCAGUAGCGAUUCCAUGACAUUUAUGUUUGUCUUCAGUUGUUCUAGUCUUUUCGCGCACAAUAUUUUAAAAUAAAGGUGCUCGUCCGCACGGUUGCAUGUGUUUAUACGUAAUAAGCUUCGUAAUCGCCUACCAACGUUUAUCAGAUUUGUUUCGAGUAAAAUCUAACGUUCUAUUGUGUUAGGUUGUUUGUGUCAUAUUUUAUAUUUCUGAAUUUUAAAUACACUCACCUGUAUGUGCCACUGGCUUUAUAUCUACUGUAAGUUAUUUUUAUUAUUAAUACGUUGUACAACGUACUCGUAGUGUCGUUGCAGCUUCGAACAAUAUUUCGUGCUUUACUGCUGAAUACUCAUGCGUGAAUGCGUUAUUUUAAGUAAUAGUUUUGUAGUUGCUAUAUUUAAUGCAAAACUUUUGUAUCUGAGUACAUAAGAAAGUACACGUGAUUUGUAUUGCAUCGUUUAAUAUUUUUAGUUUUGAUAAGUAUUUCAUCAAGAAGGAAAUAAACGUAGGUCACAAAUGCUCGUGAUGUAUACAUUUUAUGAUGCAAGUAAAUGGAACGGGUUUCGGUCGUUUAUUAUAAAUUUUAUGUUUUUUUAUACAACUGUAAUGGGAAUGUAUUUUCUAUUUUUCUUUAACACCAAAACUCGUAGCAUUUAUUGACAUCUUGAAAAAUUGAUUAUAUUAUUUUAAAUAUUUUGUAGAUGAUUUUAACGACAAAGUAAUGGUAAAUCACAAAAAAGGAAAUAAUCGAAACCUAAGUUUUUAUAAGAUAUUUCUUAAUGUAAGCCAAAUUGUUGUUACAUGGAGAAAAAUCAGAAUUUAAAUUACAUAUCUGACAAAAUGGUUAGUGUGCUACAAUAAGAUUUUGAGAAAAAUAAACAUCAAGAACAAUGUAUUAUAAAUAUAAUCAUUAAAUUAAGAUAUAUGUAUUUUUUAAAGGCAAAAUGUUUCUCAGUUUUUAGAUGUUAAAUUUUCAUAGUAGUUUUCACGUUUCAUCAUGCUGUGCACAAAUUAUACGGCUUCGAUUGUGUAACUUUAGAUGUUAACAUUAAAAUUGUUGUUAUGUGCAUAAUAAGUCAUAUCAGUAGUGAUGUCGGCAGUCGCCGCGCCACUGGAGCAACAAUAAACUGUUAUAGAGGCGACGUCGCCUCGCGUUGUAAAUACUGUUACGGGCGUCGUGCGUCUAAUAACUAAUGUAACCUCGGAUUCAUAUUGUUAACGUAGCCACAAUUAUUAAGUAUCACUUGUUCGUCAAUUGCACUCGUCGACGCUGAUCUGUUGUGUAUUUAGUGUAUUCAGAUAUUAUUAGCAAAAACGUUUACGGCUGGGCAUUCGAUUGUACGCGCCGCAUUGAAUUCAUACACGUAUCUGAUCACUUAUUACAAAGCACACCACCGACCGAAGUAUGUUUAUGGAUUUAAUGAGGACGUUCGUGUUGUGGCGGAGUAACGUCGGCGCCGAGUACUGCCCGGCGACGGGCGGUGAGCGGGGCCGAGCGUGGCCGAGCGCAGGUGUAGUGCGUACUACGCAGUAGGCCUCCCAGUAUUCGAAAUACUUUAUACAAUACCGUGCUCAAUUCCCGUGUCUGUACAUUGUAAGUGUAAUAUUAAAACUUAAUAUUUAUAAAGUGUAAUGUAAACUACAACAGAUUUGUUACGUAAUGUCUUCCGUUGGGCACAGUUUAUAGAUACUUUGCACAUUUUAUUGUUGCACGGACCGUGAUGAGACUGCAGUUUUCGUUACAAAGGUUUCGGGCCAAGUGCACAGCGAGUUCCGGAAAACGAUUUGUGAUAAAAUAUAUAAUUAUUAGAAUUUCCUUUUUCGUGCGGCAAUUUUUAAUGAAUUGCAAAGCUGAUUUUCUCUUUUAUUGUAAAUAUAAUAUUUUUUCGAAUGAAAAAUUAAAUGAAGUGAAUCAUUUAAAAGCCUUUGGCAUUGUGUACUCAUUUAUGUUAUAAAUAAAUUAUAGUAUGCAGA